AUGUUUAUAGCUUUUGAGGUGAAGUCAUAUUUCAAAUGUCGUGCAUGGGUCUAUGUGUCGAAUGAGUGCAGAGUUAAGGAGCUUUUGCUUGGCGUCAUCAAGUGUUUGAUGCCUGACGCUGAGAACAAUAAUGGGAAGCAAAAGAAAGGAAAGAAACAAAAGGGAAGAGAGAAACCAGAUGACCUCUCUAGCUUGGAUAUCGACAAGCUAAAGCUAAUGGUGCAGAAUUUCUUGACCAAGAAACGGUAUCUGGUCGUCCUUGAUGACCUCUGGAAGACUCAAGACUGGGAUGAGGUACAAGAUCCUUUUCCAAACGACAACAAUGGUAGUAAAAUACUCAUCACUAGCCGUUUGAAAGAGGUGGCAUCCCAUACGAGUCCAUAUCCUCCUUAUUACCUUCAAUUCCUCGGCGAUGAUGAAAGUUGGGAACUCUUCUCCAGGAAAGUGUUUCGAGGAGAAGAGUGUCCUUCUGAAAUAGAGAAUCUUGGAAAACAAAUGAUCAAAAGUUGUGGCGGUUUGCCACUCUCCAUUGUUGUUUUGGCAGGGUUACUUGCAAACAAGGGGAAAAUUAUUAGAUCUUGGGGAAAAUUAAAGCAGCAAAGUCCCUUCCAACUGGGGCUUAUUUAUCCAUUUAAGAUUGCAUGCUUGUUAGAGAAGGGAAGGUUUCCCAACCUACAAAAGUUGGGUUUGCACAUAUCCUGGAUCCAUAAAGAUAAUGUGCAUGAAUUGUUGUCAAGCUUACAACGAUUAAAUAGUCAUCUGAACAAGUUAAAACUUUUCAUUGAAUGGAAGCAAUAUAAGAUUUCAGAGUCCUCAAACUUCAAGCACAUGGAAUGGCACAUCGGUUGCAAGCCAAUUGAAUUGUUACAGACCCUGCAACAGUUCUCAAAUCUGAGCACAUUGAAAGUUAUAGGAGCUUCGGACCUUGCAAUGUGUGAUAUAGCGUUUCCUCCAUGCAUUACAAAAUUAACAUUGACGGGCAUUAGCUUCAUGAAUGAUGAUGGGAUAAAUGCCAUUGCUAAUCUUACUAGACUCCAACGUUUGAGUUUGCAUGGAGCACUUGAAUUUCAUGAUUCCUUUGAGAUUAAUUGCAGUGCAGGUAGCUUCAAACGGCUCCAGGAUUUUUUGAUGCUGGGGCUCCAAGUUCAUAACUGGAAAUUAGGCAAUGGUGCAAUGCCAUGCCUUCAAAGUCUGAUUAUCAGAAGAUGUAGAAAAUUGGACAAUCUCCCAGAUGAACUGUGGUCUUUGACUGCCCUGAGACAAGUACAAGUUCAAGGACCAAAACGAGCAUUGUCUCUUGCGCUACGAAAUUUGGAAAUGAAGGAUGGAUGUAAGCUCAUGAUUGAAGAUUAG